AUGGGUUGUGCUGCAGCUAAACCAGAAAAACCACAUAGCAAACAAAACUCUCCUUGCUCUCAUUCUAAGGAGGCUAUUCCCUCGAUUUCACUGAUGUAAGAAACUGAAAAAAUCGAUUCAGAUUAUAUAUUCCACACCUUGGACCCGUUAAUAACUAGAAGAAAUUACAUAAAGAAAGCGGUUUCGAAAAGCAAUAAUGCCAGUCGAAUAGUAAAGGUUUAUAAUUGUUUAAAUCUCACUACUACUGAAAAGUAGGAGUUCGAGAAGAUAGUGAACCAACUCUUGCAAAUUAAACAUUUAAACUUAGUCAGCCAAUCAUCAUACUAUUACAAUGAUAAUAAAUUAUACUUAGUGAGUGAUUUUUGUGAUGGAGGCAAUCUAUUAUCCCGCUUGGAUAAUUUCAGCCAACUACAACAACACAAUAUGUUUGAUGUCUUCUGUUAGAUCAUGGCAGGAGUCCAAUUCCUGCACAAUAAAGGGAUUGCGCAUGGUAAUAUUCAACUCGAAAGUAUUGUGUUUACAGACAAAAACAUGUAGAACAUCAAGCUAAUAGACUAUGGCAUCCCUAGUUCCUUUAAAUCAACCUGCCUAUAAUGGAGACCCAAUGGAGGUAUUCAAGAGAUCUCCUUUAAAUCUCCUGAAGCCUUGAAAUAAUCAAACCUCGCAUCAUUUAAAUCCGACAUCUGGUCGUGUGGAUGUCUCUUGUACUUCUUUUUGACCUCUCAUAUGCCAUUUUAAUCAAGGGAUGUCCAGGCCUUAAAAACGGCAAUACAAAGAGGAAUUGUCAAUUUCGAAGGCUCAGAGUGGACCAACAUCAACCCAGACAUGAAACAACUAGUCAGCAAAAUGCUUAGUACCAAUCCACAAGUUCGUCCGACCGCAGCAGAAGUGAUCAAUCAUCCAAUAUUUCUGAACAGAGCAAAAAUAAUGACCAAGCCUAAUAAGCAACUCUCCAAGUAGAUGAAAGACUUCAAAUAAUAAUCAUAAAUGCAGAAUGCUAUGCUCAAUUAUAUAGCAGAAAACAUGUUGUAAGAACAGGAUAAGAAAAAACUAAUGGAAGAAUUCCAAAAAUUUGAUUUAAAUAAGGAUGGGUAACUAACAAAGCAAGAACUCUUAACAGUUUACACUACUAUGUACUCAUCAGAAUAAGCUAAUUAAGAGGUGGAAGCCAUAUUCUCGAAAAUUGAUCAAAAUGGCAGUGGAAGAAUUGAUUACCAAGAGUUUGUGUUGGCAACUAUAGAUCAAAAAAAAUACUUCAACAGGGAAAAAUUACUCAUUUUAUUUCAAUAAAUCGAUAGAGAUCAUAGUGGAUAAUUAAGCAAAUUAGAAGUAAAGAAAUUAUUGAGAGACAUGGCAGUCCCCAAAGAAAAGCUUGAUCAAUUAUCAAAGCAAUUAGAUUAAGAUGGAGAUGGAUAAAUUACUCAAGAAGAGUUCUUGUAAAUUAUGUUAUCGAUUGCAUGA